GGAUAAGCGUCCAGUUAAAGUCCUCGUGGGCAAGAACUUUGAGCAAGUGGCUUACGAUGAGACCAAGAAUGUUUUUGUGAAGUUCUAUGCCCCCUGGUGCACACAUUGCAAGGAGAUGGCACCUGUCUGGGAGGAGCUGGGUGAGAAGUAUAAAGAUCAUGAGAAUAUCAUCAUCGCCAAGUUGGAUGCAACAGCCAAUGAGAUCGUGAAUCUCACCAUCCGUGGCUACCCUUCGCUGCACUAUUUCCCUGCUGGGCCAGACAGGAAGAUGAUUGAGUACAAGAGUGCCAGAGACCUGGAGACCUUCUCCAAGUUCCUGGAGAACGGCGGGAUGCUGCCUGCGGAGGACACACAGCCUGUGGUUCCUGAGAGCCCAGAGGAGCCUAAGGACACAAAUGGGACACGCCUGGUGGAUGCCCCUGAAAGCAGAGACGAGUUAUGAGCCCUGCCCUGCACCCAUCCCUGGGACCCCUAAGAGCGUGCACCUGGGGCAUGGACUGACCCUGCACUGGGCUGGCCUCUCGAGCCCUGUCCCCGCCUCAGGCAGCAGCUACUCUCCAAACGGUGGCAAGGCCUAUGGUGAGCGCGGCCUGGUACCUCCUCCUUUUGCAGAGCAUCCCCAGCCAGGAACAGGGCCAUCCUCCAGGCCCCCCACAUGCUCCCAGCCUCCACCCCAUCCUGCAGCACUGAUGGCCCAGAAGCCAGGCCCAGCGCACUGAGCGUCGCCCACAGCUCCCCCAGGCAGCGACGCCAGUACCAAACACCUGUGCCCCAAAAUCGUGAGAUUGACAUAAAUGUCAUGAGACCUGACACCCAGCUGUGGUGGUUCUUUGUCUCCGCUGCCGGGUGCAGGUGUGGGGUCCCAGCCCUGCAGCCAGGAGGGUAGCACUGGAUGGUGCUAUUGAAAGCUGAGGCCUAUGGCAGCGCCUGCCUCUCGGAGUUGGGGCUUGAGGAACCUCUCCGAUACCAUGAGCCU